AUGUCUGCCGAAGACAAUGGGCAAGGCAGCAGAGACCCGUUAAUCCCCCGCGGAGACAACUUCAUCCCUUUCGAAAGAUCAGACGUUCGACGAUCCCGAGUUCAGGAGGCGCUGAAUCAGACGAAUGUCCUCGCCCCGAGCCAGUCUUCGACUCAAACCCCGCCUUCCGGACGCAGGGGAAUCGAGGAGUCUCCCACCACCGGCGGUAUCGCCGGUCAUGUCGUCGGCCCCAGCACGUCCACAGCGCCGUCCACGGCGCAAUCGCAGAGGGAUUCGGUUAGCGCCGGCCAACAGACUCUCACAACUCUCACAACUGCCACCACUUCUGUCUCUAAUACUAAUGCAACAACUCAAGACAACGAGCAGGCGGACUUCUUGAUCUGCGUGGUGGUUUUGAUGUACGGUACCACGGCCCCCAAGAAUUGUCGACGUAUAUUCACGCGCGCUUGCGAUCUAAAACAGCACAACUGGCAAUGUCACGUCCACAUCAACGAUCAACACCUUAUUGCCCGCGAGGAGGCCGCUGAACAACGCCGCACAGGAGCCAUCGGCAGCCGACAUAAUGCCAGGUCCAGAGGAUUAAAACCUUACCAGUCCAAAGCGACAACCCCACUUUUGGAAGAGCAUCCAACCUAUCGACUUACUAUUGAGGGCUGGGAUCAUUUUGUCUCCAUCAUCAGCAUGCUCGAUCAAAGUCGACCUCGACCAGAGGAUCAGCACAGGAAUCACCGCAUCACAUGCAUUUCCAGCCUAUGGCGUUCGCAGUUUGGAAACGAUCGUCCCGGUUUCGGGAUGCAGACGGACAUUAGUGACGCAAACAAGGCUAUUCUCAACAGGAGCAUACGAAACGCCAUGACAUUCUUACUGGAUUCCGAAGGAGAAAACUCCUCGACGUCAUUCAUCGACGACGAAAUCUACUUGGCAGAUCAGAGGAACAAUCCAGCUUCGCAAACUCAACAAGUCGAACACUCUGAAGGUGCAGGGGCGAUCGACGUGCAUCCGACGGUUAUGGAGUUCAUUCACGGAUUGUCGGCGGAGGAAUGUGAUUACUACAUUGCUGUAUUAAAAUUGCCCAACAUCCAAGGCACUGGGUAG